AUGGCUACUUCUGAGGCAACAGCGAUAUCUCUCCCUGUAACAGCUCGCCCUUCCCUCCACGCCACCGGCGACGAGGGUAACAUCCGAUACCUCGCCCGCAGCACCACCAGACGCAUCAAUCGAUCGUCAAAACCUAGGCACGUUAGAAGCCAAGUCUUUGGAGUAGCUGAUGAGCUUAAUAGAUACAAUAUCCAUGUGGCGUGUGUUCAGGAGAUUGGGUGGAAGGGUUUUCAUUCGACUAGAGUAAAAGGGUAUAAGCUGUGGUACGCAAGUUUGGAUGACAGACAUAGUGGGGUUGGGAUCCUCGUAUCCAACAUGAUCCUAAAACAAGUGGUUAAGGUGAAGAGGUGCAAUAAAAGGAUUAUGCUAGUUAGAAUAGUACUGGAAGACGAGAAAGUCUUCUUAGGAGGAGACUUCAAUGGGAAUAUAGGCAAGAAAGUGGAUAGCUAUGAGUCAGUCUAUGAUAGCUUUGGUUUAGGGGCUAGAAACAAGAGUGGAGAACAUCUACUUCAAUUUUCCCUAGCCCGAGAUUUGGUGAUUGCAAACUCUAUCUUUAGGAAGAAAGAGGAACACUUGAUUACAUUCAAAAGUGGAGGGCACGCGACGCAAAUUGAUUAUGCCGUAGUAUGUAAAGGAGAUAAGGCCUUGUGUCGGGAUUGUACGGUGGUUCUAGGCACGAAGAUGCCAACUCAACAUCGGUUACUAAUGCUAGUUUUUAAAAUGAGGAAGGAAAUUGUCGAGAAAACGAUUGAGGGCAGACGUGUGAUUAUGUGA